AGUGUUUGACAAGUCCGUGCCUAAGCCCUGCCUUCCUACCAUGGUGCCCCAUUUCAUUGGUCGACAACAAGAAUGUGAAGAAAUCAUGCGUGUGUUGACAUCCACAUCUGCACAGGUAGUCUCUGUAUCUGGACCCCCUGGUUUUGGCAAGACUUCAUUGGCUAUUGCAGUAGGACACCAACUUAGACAGCUAGGUCUACCAGUUUAUUUCCUUUCCUUGAGAAGCGUCAAGACAGCGGAAAAGCUGAUCUCUGAACUCUUAAACACCUUUGCACAUACGUCGUCUGAUCUAACGGGGCGAGAGCGUUCAAAACUAUGCACACUCCUCAGUGUAAUUCCUUCCAAUAUUUGUAUCAUCCUAGAUAACGCCGAUAACCUUUUUGAGAGUAGUGGUGAAACGAGCCAAGAUUGUUUAGAUCUACUGGAAAAGAUAUUUUCUUGUUGCAAGAAUGUCUCCUUUCUAUUGACCACAAGGAUGAGUCUUCAAUCGGUGCUUGGAAGAAAAUUUGACGAUCACAUGUCUGUUGAUGUUGCUUCGCUAGAGAGAAAAUCGUCACAAAUGCUUGUUCAAGAACUUGUCGCUGCUGCUGAUGAAAGUGAAUGCUGCAGAGUGGCUAAAGUGUGUGGAGACGUUCCGCUGGCCAUCAAGCUUUUGUGCGGUCAAAUCGUUGACGAGAAGAAGAGUAUAUUUCAAUUCCUUGACAACUUUAGCCGUUCUUCAAAAACGGUACCAGACUUGUUAGACGAUCCAGAUGCGCCUAAUGAUCAACGUUUAAAGGUUUUGUUCGAGUCUUAUUUCAAAAGAAUAUCUCGAGAAGAGCAAGAAGGAUUUGUUUGUCUUUCAGUUUUUGUCAGUGAAGUGUUCGACGAGCAAGCUGCAGUAAACGUCAUCGGAGGAGAUGAAGACGCAGCAAAGAAAACUUUGUUGAGGCUCAAGAGAAAAUCGUUGGUUGAAGUUUCCUCCGAAGCAGGCCUGCUUUCUUUUCACCCUCUGAUCAGGUCAUUUGGUUCCGAAAAAGCAGCUGAUGACAUGAGAGAGGUUGCUCGCGAAGCAGAAAGGCGAUUCCUGAGUUAUUACGUCAAGUUGUUUGAAGAUUUAAACAACCAGUUCCUCGCUGGAAAUUCUCUGCUCGCAUUUCACGAUUUCGAAUAUAGCAGAGAAAAUAUGGUGCAUAGCCUCUCCGAAGGUCUUCAAAACGAGACUGUCUGCUACGCAAUUUUCGAUGUUCUUUCCGAUGCGGAUCUGUUUCUGGACACUAUUUUCUACUUUCAACAUGAGCGGAUUUUUCAAGAAAUUUAUAAAUUAGCAAUAGCGAAGGCAAAAGAGCAGCGUAAAUUUAAAGGUGUCCACCAACUGCUAAUUGCUAAAGCAUUUGCUCAGAUAACCUGGGAUUAUGGAGCUACAUUGGCAUUACUAAAAGAGGCCGAAGAAAUCGAGAAGCAAAAUCCUCUCCUUCCUUCAGAAGUUGCCAUGAGAAAACGAAUGUGUUACCACGGUAUUCAGUUGCUAAGUCAUAGAGCGACAGCGAAAGGAAGCAAAAUGAUUGAAACAGGGGUAUCUCUGUUGAGUUCUGAAAAUACUGUACUUAAGGUUUUAUGCUCCCACAUUCUUGCUUUGAUUACUCGUCACGAACAAAAGUCUUCCUACUACCGGAACAUUGUUUUAACUGAAUGCGCUAACAGACCAUCCUUGUAUGCUUUCUUCCAAGCUAUACAAGAAAAUGAUUGCGCUAACGAGAGUGGGGAUGAAAACCCAAAAGCUUUAUCUCAACCACUGAUUUUACCGUUUGCUCUUCUCAUCAACGACAUUGUGGAAUGUUAUGACAUGAAGGAGGUAAUGUUUAAACUUGGUCUGCCCCGUCUCCAAGUUACUGAAAGAAGUCGAAGCCGAGGCACGGAACGACCGUCUAUACUUACCACUACUCUUCAUCGUUGAAAACACCCUGGCAAAGAUAAAAAUAGAGCAAGAGAGUCCAGCAGCGAUGCAGCUCGAUCUUAAUAAUUUUAUAGGAGAAUAUGGUCGGCUAAACCCGGAUACAGCCGCAAGGUACCAUAACGUUGGAUUAAUUUUAGGCUCACAGAAGAAUUAUUACGCUGCUUUAACAUAUCAUUACCAAGCACUAGAUAUUAGACUGAAGCUGUAUGGGCUCAACCAUGCAGAUACCGCCAGCAGCUAUUUCCAGAUUGGAAGAGCCCAAUUUGAGAAAAAAGAUUACAAGUCAGCACUACAAUCGCUGGAACAAGUACUUGAUGUCAGAAAAAAUCUUUAUGGGAAAAUCCACCCAGACAUUUCCAUCGCUUGUAGCCAUGUUGGAGUGACAAAGUAUCGCUUGAAAGAAUACGAUUCAGCUAUGCAUUGGCAUCAGCAAGCCCUGAAUAUUAGGGUGGCGCUGUAUGGAAAGGAACAUCCAGCCGUCGCUACAAGCUACUAUUGCAUUGCAGAAUGUCAGUGUGAAAUGCAAGAUUAUGAUUCUGCUCUGGAGUCAUGUCAACAGGCACUUGAUAUCAGGAUAGGGCUUUUUGGACAGGACAGCGGAGCUACAAGCGAGAGUUAUGACCAUCUGGAAUUUAUACGAAGUCUAAAGAAAGUUUGCGAAUCAUCUCUCGAGCUACAGAGCAAAAAAUCUUGA